CUAAAUAACUUGGCACCUGGUUGGUCGCCUGUCAAGGCUUUCCCCGAUUGGUUAAUGCUUUCCACGAUGCUGUUGCUUCCAUAAAUAUGCCAUUGUAGCCCUUCCGUAGACUUUCUCUGGGUACGGAUGGAGCCUGUCGACCGGAACCGAGGAAAGUACGCACACCGUGUACUUUCUGCACGACCCAUAUUAGGAACGCUCCCAAAUGUGACCUGGUUCGGUUGUGAUGCCGUUCCGAUGGAACCUCUCAUCAAGCGAAACAUGAAAAAGGAUUUACGGUACUCGACAAAUAAACAAAAACGGUGGGAAUUACUCCGCGAACUUCAACAAUAUUUGGCAGAACCUCACGAAGACGGUGUACGAGUAGUCGGGCAAGAACACCGAUUGUGUGAAAGAUACCUUCUCCAUUGUACGGUCAGCGUUCCAGAACUGGAAAACGUACUGACACUAAAUAGAGAGCGGAAUAACUUGAAGGGAUGGACAAGCAACGAUAAAGAAACCCCGAACCAACGGCGAAACUGCAGUCGGAGAAUGCGGCGUCAGCAUCGGGAACAUCGCCGGCCGCAAGCCAGUUCAGACCAGACGACAGCGGCUUCCGCUCAAACCAGGGUUUCACCAUACCCCCAAUCAUUCGUUCUGUUUUCGGAACCUUCUUUGCUCAAGCGUAGUGACCUCUAUAGAUAUGAUAGGAGAAGGGUUCUAGAGGGCGUCCAACUGUUGAGGUCGAAAGCGCGCAAGGAAUUGAAAGCGAUUUGUCACACUAAGGACCCACAAAACCUUGAAGACUAUUUCCUCACCGAAGAGGAACUGAACGACCUGAACGAUUGGAAUGAGUCUUUUGGCAGCCAAGACUCUCUCAGCGAAUGUUUAGACGGUUUCAGUGAGGAGGAAGCACAAACCGUUCCCCCAGAUUCCUUCAAUAACUCCAACUUAAAUCGUGACUGCACAGACCAACCAGAUGAAUCAUCAACCGACACUGAAGUAGAAACGGCAGAGUGGGUGAUUGUUUCAGUGGAAGAAACGGANGGAAACGGAGUUCCCGAUGACUUCCUGAAAUGUAUGGCUUGUGAACAAUUGCAAACUUGUAGGAUCGGAUUAUCCAUGGAGUGGGUGGCCACAACUUGCCUGACACAAAAUCAGUCCACGUGCAUGUGGCAGCCAAGUAGAUAUCGACCUUGAUCGAUUCACUGUUCUGUUUCUUGUGAGUCCGGCAAUAUUAUUUCAACAUGAAAAUGAUAGACUGUAUGGUUCAGAAGCUUCAGUAAUGUUGUGAUCCACCGUCAAUCUGAAUUUAUUCGAAAUAAUUUCACGGUUCGCAAUAUAUUUC